UCACUCCUCAAAGUCACGAAUCGUUCUUUGUUUCUUACUGUCUCUUGUGUUGUGUUCUCUCUCUUUCGCCAAAAUUUCUCUCUCCUCUCCCAGGUUUUGGUUUCGCCCACCAAAUUGUCUCUGAAGACACUUUUUUCUGUGAUAUGAUUGCUGCGCUCUGAGAAGCAAAUUUGAGAAUUAAGUAAAUUGGUUAAGAAGGGACGAUUUCUCAGUGGCAGAACAAAAUAUAGCUAGCAGGUGGAUUUUUCUGAUGGCAACUAAUGAAAACCUUCCACCAAAUGUUAUAAAGCAACUAGCCAAGGAAUUAAAAAAUCUAGAUGAAUCUCCUCCUGAGGGAAUUAAAGUUGUAGUAAAUGAUGAUGAUUUUUCGACUAUAUAUGCAGACAUUGAGGGCCCAGCUGGGACUCCUUAUGAUAAUGGACUUUUCCGCAUGAAAUUGUUGCUGUCUCAUGAUUUUCCACACUCUCCACCCAAAGGGUUUUUCCUUACUAAGAUUUUCCAUCCAAAUAUUGCAACCAAUGGAGAGAUUUGUGUCAACACACUUAAAAAGGACUGGAAUCCUAGUCUUGGAUUACGACAUGUCCUCAUUGUUGUUAGGUGUCUAUUAAUUGAACCAUUUCCAGAAUCAGCUUUGAAUGAACAGGCUGGCAAACUGCUGCUUGAAAAUUAUGAGGAGUAUGCUAGACAUGCUAGACUUUACACAGGAAUCCAUGCAAAACCUAAGCCUAAAUUUAAAACUGGAGCUAUAUCUGAAUCUACGACUGCUCUGAAUGUUGACAAGAGUAACACCUCAGUUCUUAAUGCUGAAAUCAGAACUGCAUCAUCGGGUGUGGCAUUGCCAUUGCCGUGGGCUCCAUCAACUAGAGGAAAAAAUCAGGAACAUGCAGCAGUUGCAGCCGAGCCAGCUCUUAACGGUUCUUGUGCCUCAUCCACAGUUCAUGCUGCACAAAAGAAGGAUAGUGGAGUAGCCAAAGCUCAGACAGACAAGAAGAAGAUAGAUGCCAGAAAAAGAAGUUUGAAAAGAUUGUAAUAAGUUUGUUCAAUAAUUGAACUUUUCGUUUGUUUAUUGAUAAUGAAAAAGGGGAAUGUGGGUGGAUGGGGAAGAUGGAUUCAAAUGAGUACAUUUUGUGGGAGUAAACGAAUGAAAUUACACUGUUGUAUGUGC